CGGACGCAGCGGCGCGGCGUAACCCCGUCCGCGCGUCGUUCAGCCCUAUCGCAGCUCUUGCGCACGCUGCGCAGUUUGCGUUCGUCGGUCGGAGUGACAAAGAGAACGAGCACGGACCGACGGAGAAGAAAUAAAAAGGAAAUUUCUGAAUUACCGUGGGGAUUGUGAACACCGUUCCCCUUCGGAACCGCGCGCUCGACUCCUUUCUUGAACUCGCCGCGUACAUUUUGGAUUUCCUUUUCGUUCAUCCGUGUGCAUGGAGUUAAGUGGGUCGAGGAUAGCAGUCUUGAAAUUGGGCAAUUGGAAAAUUCUCAGUAUCGUUGGUUAGAGCAAGGAAGCCGCCAUGGCUGGUGCUACAGGAUCGCUGAGUCUCCACCUCAGUAUAUGAAAAAAUACUGAACGGUGAUGAAAAGCCGCUUCGGUUUCUCAGCGUCGUGAGGCUAUUUUAGACACGGACUGUGGUCUUUGUGUAAAUCUCUGUUCCAGGCAGAGAGAAAGAAAGAGACGGGGAUCGGUGGGUUUUGUUCGAGGGGAUCUGGGAAAAGGCCAAUUUCAUGAGCGCCUUAAUUCACGAGCGAAUUUAUCUGAGGUUUCUCCCCUGAAGACGAUACCGAUAGAAAAGCGUUCCCGGGGAAAAUGAUCUGAACGCCAGACGCCCGAGAGCUCACCGAAGAAAACGAUCGCGCCGAGUUGCUUUCGCACCCAUUUUUCCUUGUUAUUUGAGGCAAACCGCUCGCCGUGGGUCGAAACGGAUUCGUUCAAGACAGCCGAGCGUAUUUUACUCUGAGAGACGCGUGGGAUUUCGGGAUUGGAAAAUGUCUGGUCGGCCCAGAACCACCUCCUUCGCGGAGAGCUGCAAGCCAGUGCCGCAGCCGUCGGCUUUCGGCAGCAUGAAAGUCAGCAGAGAUAAAGAUGGCAGUAAAGUGACCACAGUGGUGGCGACCCCUGGACAGGGACCUGACCGGCCGCAGGAGGUCAGCUACACCGACACCAAGGUCAUCGGGAAUGGCUCUUUCGGCGUGGUCUAUCAGGCCAAGCUCUGUGACUCAGGAGAACUGGUGGCCAUUAAGAAGGUCCUUCAGGACAAGCGAUUUAAGAACCGUGAGCUUCAGAUCAUGAGAAAACUAGACCACUGCAACAUCGUGCGUCUGCGUUACUUCUUCUACUCCAGUGGAGAUAAGAAGGAUGAGGUGUAUCUGAAUCUGGUUCUGGACUAUGUCCCUGAGACCGUCUACAGAGUGGCGAGACACUACAGCCGCGCUAAGCAGACCCUUCCCAUGGUUUACGUGAAGUUGUACAUGUACCAGCUCUUCAGGAGUCUGGCCUACAUCCAUUCCUUUGGGAUCUGUCAUCGGGACAUCAAACCGCAGAAUCUUUUGCUGGACCCAGACACGGCCGUGCUCAAACUCUGUGACUUUGGCAGUGCUAAGCAGUUAGUACGUGGGGAGCCCAAUGUUUCCUACAUAUGCUCACGGUACUACAGAGCCCCUGAACUCAUCUUCGGAGCAACCGACUACACCUCCAGCAUAGAUGUGUGGUCAGCUGGCUGCGUGUUGGCGGAACUGUUGCUAGGACAACCAAUUUUCCCCGGCGACAGCGGAGUGGAUCAGCUGGUGGAAAUCAUCAAGGUGCUGGGCACUCCAACACGCGAGCAGAUUCGGGAAAUGAACCCAAAUUACACCGAGUUCAAAUUCCCGCAGAUUAAGGCCCACCCAUGGACUAAGGUGAGUAAACAGGUGUUCCGGCCCCGCACCCCUCCCGAAGCCAUUGCGCUGUGCUCGAGGCUGUUGGAGUACACACCGACCGCCCGGCUGACCCCGCUCGAGGCCUGCGCUCACUCCUUCUUCGAUGAACUGCGGGAUCCCAACGUCAAGCUUCCCAACGGCCGCGAGAAACCAUCCUUAUUCAACUUCACAACUCAAGAGCUGUCCAGUAACCCAUCCCUGGCCUCUAUCCUAAUUCCUGCACACGCACGUAACCAGCCAGGAGCUUCUACCCCCACCAACGCCUCUGCUACUUCAGAUGCCAAUAGUGGAGAUCGCAGUCAGACCACAACUGCAGCCUCCGCCUCCGCCUCCAACACCUCAACCUGAGAGCCCCAGCCAAUCAGAUCCGACCCUGCCUCCGAGGCCACGCCCACCCCACUGCUCACCAGCUUAACGGGCAGGAAUUGAGUCACGUAACCACCACUCGUAUUCAGACUGGAAGAGCCAACCUUUCAUUUAGGUUUUUUUUUUUUUUUUUUUUUUUUAGUUCAGAAAGAGUUCAAAUUUCCACGUGUGGGAAAAACCCCGGAUGUAAUUCACGACAGAGACGCAGAAAACGAGCGAGCGGUGAGGAAACGGGUCAGUAAGAGGGGGGGUGUUUAUGUUUAUCCAUAAAACCUGGUCUGUGACCAGCCGCAACUUUUAUUUUCAUUCUCAGAGGACAAUCUUGUUAUGUAAGCAAUCCGGUAGCCAGAUCCAUCCACUUCCUUUUUUCCAUUUGGGCUCCCCUUCUCUCGCCUGGACCGUCUCUAGCUACACGUUCUGUCCCUUUCGGGCCUUUAAUAGUGCAUGGCUUGAAUUUGGUUGGGAGCACCCCUUGUACACGGUACAUAUAUAUAUAUACACAUACAGUGUGUAUGUACGUAUAUAUGUACGUGUAUUGGGUGAAAAUGACACAAACAUUCAAAACUACAGGAAAUACCGUAUCUAAUCGUAUCUAACAAACGCAAGGCAGGUAUGAAUAUAAAAAAACGCAUGUUCCAACCACAAAGACAACGGAGGAAUAAUACUCUGUUCUGGGAGUUUUAAGUCGGCUGAAUCUAUUUUAUCUCGUUUUAUAAAAUGGGCGGGCUAUAGGGCCAGGGCAGACAUUUUGAUUGACAGGUGAGACGUGCGUCUCCAUCUCUGUGUUCUUGUAUGAUAUAUACAUACACAGUUUAUAUAUUACUUUGCAUUAUGUAAAAUAAAUAUAUAUAUAUAGUUAUAUAUAGAUCUAUAUCUAGCGUCAUCGGUUCAGAAUCCACCGGUUGGUCGGCGAAGUGGUAUACAGUACGUGUUUGACUAAGAGUCAAGCGUUUCGCUCUUCUCUGCUGUUUUCUGUUAGCCCGGUAGAAUUAGAGAUCACCUUCUUGUCCUGAUUUGCUCUCGUUAUUUAUUGUCGCGCACGUGCGUCAGUGUCGUAAACGCUCAGAUUCGUUCUUCUCAUCCGCACGACUCAACGUAAGGAACACAUGAAGAAGAAACGCAGACCCGCUCGCGGCGGCUGUGUUGUUUAAACCACUACUUGUUUCGUGUCGCGUCACAGACUUUCUUUCUUUCUUUCUUUCUUUCCCAAAACGUCUCAGUUCGCACAGUACGGCAGUGUAGGGAAACAACAGAUGUGUAUAUACAGUACAGCACAGCUGCUCCUCACCAAAUUCUGGCUUUCCUUUGAGAUCUUUGUAUAAUUUGUGAGCGAGUGAGUGUUCUACUAUGUACAUAAAUAUGCUGACCUGAGAACUGUUAACGAGCGAAAACAAAGACGAGGGAUGAAAUGAAAACGGAUCAAAAGAAGAAAAAAAAAAAAAGAUUUAAAAGAUCAGGGCAAACUCGACCUGUUUGUUGGAUACUGUAGACAAGGAGCUUUCUCCAGCCAUAUAGUUCAAUCUUAUCUGUACAGUAGGUGCCAGCUAUAUUAUUGUAACUAUAACUAGUAAUGUAUAGUGUAUCUAUAGUUUGGAGUGCCUUUGCUUCCAUACACUUCCUGUCCCUCGACCGCACCCACUUCCUGUCUGCGCAAGACAGACCACGCCCCUUCCUGUGACCCUCUGCAGGUGCUGUUGAUUGGCCAAGUCUGAAUGACUGACAGCCGAUGUCAUUUCCACUUUCGCUGUAGGUGUUUCUCUUCGUUUGUGUGUGUGUGUGUGUGUGUGUGUGUUGUGUGCGUUUGGAGGAAGUCAAUCACGAUGUAUGUUCUUACACUCGUCCCACUACCAAAGUGAACCAACUAUGAGCGUGCUGUGAUGUAACCGCGACAUCCCGGGGGCAAUAAUAAUGAUUUCUUUGUGUUUUUCCGCUCGUUGGCCAGCUGACAGUAUGCAGUAGAGAUGUCACGUAGCACCCGCCGGACCCUCAUCCCCGCACCCUCGGUGUAAAGCUUGCUUGUAAGAUACGCCUUCAUAGAUGUGUUGCUUUCCACGAAUGGUGUGACCACUUCUCGUGACUACAGUUAGAGUUAAAAUGUAAAAAGACACAAGGGUUAAAAACAGUUAUCAAAAUAAAAAAAAAAAAGACAAAAAAAAUUGUUUUAAGGACUGUGGGCUAAAUACAGACUAUCGCAUUACGUACACUUAUUGGGAAAAAAGUUGUCUUGGUUUAAAACGGAAAAAAUGAAAAAAACAACCUGUAUAACAUUAAUAUUACUUGAAUGCCUCUGUUUGUGACUGAAAUUUUUAUUUUAUUUUAAAUAUAUUCUUUUUCUGUGAAGGUAUGCUAAAUGUCUCCUCUCAUUGUAAAUAUGUCCGUUUUGGUCCUUGGUGUGACUUGGAUUCAGAGACUAGUUACCUGGUACUGUAAUUUGCAUUAAAUAAAGAGUAGGAUAGCUUGGAAAUGA